GCGUGCGUCAUUAUCUCCAGGACGAGGCCCUGCGGUUGUAGAUUUCCACUCCAUUUUUGUCGUUCUCCUCCCCUUCGAUGGUCAUGGCGACUUCGUCUGCUACACCUUCUCUCGUAGGUGGAUCUUAUUUGAAGACAUGUAGCCUGCAGUCCAACAAGCUGAAGAUGUUGGCACGAUAUCAAACUCAGUUGGCAGUUGGUCAGAACAAGCGAGUAAAUCAUCAUCGGAACUUUUCUAUCUGUGCUGAAUACAGUAAUAAUUCUAGAGGUGGAGGUGGUGAUUUUCUUGCUGGCUUCCUUUUAGGUGGAGCAGUCUUUGGAACACUAGCAUAUGUUUUUGCUCCUCAGAUCAGAAGGUCAAUACUAAAUGAAGAUGAAUAUGGCUUUCGAAAGGCGAAGCAACCUAUAUAUUAUGAUGAUGGCCUUGAGAAAACUCGUCAAACACUGAAUGAUAAGAUAAGCCAGCUGAAUUCUGCAAUCGACAAUGUUUCUUCAAGGUUGCGGGGUUUAAGAGGUGGGAGAAACAUCACGACAGAAGCUACUGAGGCUGAAUCAGAAGUAGAAGCAACAAUGUAGAAUCUGCACUUUAAUUCAUGAAGUCAUCUUUUAUUUUCUGUCUCCGCUCAUGCUGACCAUAUCUAGUUGACAAUAUGGAUAUGCACUCGAGUACUUCUACAUGUUGCUUUCUUGAUACUUGGAUUUAUAAAUUUUGAAGCUGUUUUAAAGCCAUGUCA